AUGUGCCUAGUAUUCAGUUCAGUUGGGUUGGUUUGGACUAUUAUGAGAAAGAGAGUGUAUGUGUAUGUAGGCGGAUUUUCGGCUGCUCCCAUUCUUAUUCUGCCUGUGAACUCGCCUUCCGUACUCCUCAUGCCUACACUUGUGGAUUACAGUGGUGACGAUGAGAUUCCUGGAGCCUCCUUUUGUCAAAAUCCCAUUGAUUUGGGUCGCAUGUGUACUUUGCGUUCAAGUGUGGAUCGAUACUACUGCACGCCUAACAAGAGAGCUCGCAUCAAUGCCCCGGAUGUGUUGGAAAUUCUGCGGCUCGAGAAAGAUCAAAAGCCUACCAUUGAAGUCCUUCCUGAUGAAUGUCUUUUUGAGAUUUUCAGACGGCUCUGCAGUGCCAAAGACAGAAGCUCUUGUUCCAGUGUGUCUAAGCGGUGGCUCAUGCUUAUGAGCCGUAUCUGCAAAGCUGAAAUUUACAAGUCUGAGAAUAUGAUUAAGGGGUGUCCUUCGUGUGAUGUUGACGAUGAUGGCUACUUAACGCGGUGUUUAGAAGGGAAGAAGGCAACUGAUGUGAGGGUUGCUGCAAUUGCAGUUGGGACUAGUGCCCGUGGGGGACUGGGAAAACUUUCUAUCAGUGGAAGCAAUGCCGUUGGCGGUGUAACAGAUGUUGGUCUCUCAGUAGUUGCUCAUGGUUGCCGAUCUCUUAGAUCAUUUUCUUUGUGGAAUGUUUCCUCUGUCGGGGAUGAGGGGCUUGCCGAGAUAGCGAAAGGAUGCCAUAUGUUGGAGAAGCUUGACAUCUGCCAGGCUUCCUCCAUUAGCAACAAAAGUCUAAUCGCGAUAGCUAAGGGCUGUCCCAAUUUGACCACUUUAAAUAUUGAAUCCUGUCCAGAGAUUGGAAACGAGGGGUUGCAAGCUAUUGCAAGGUCUUGCCCCAAGUUAAAGUGCAUCUCUAUCAAGGAUUGUCCUCUUGUUGGGGAUCAUGGAGUGUCAAGUCUAUUAUCAUCAGCUAAUAACCUUUCAAGGGUAAAGCUUCAGGAUUUAAACAUCACAGAUUUCUCUCUGGCUGUCAUUGGCCAUUAUGGAAAGGCAAUUUUAAAUUUGGUCCUCUCUGGUCUUCAAAAUGUCAGUGAAAGGGGAUUUUGGGUCAUGGGUGUUGCUCAAGGUCUGAAGAAACUUACGUCACUUACAGUUUCAUCAUGCCGAGGGGUAACAGAUGCAAGCAUUGAAGCCAUGGGUAAAGGUUGCAUCCACCUAAAGAAUAUGUCUCUGCGCAGGUGCUGUUUUGUGUCUGAUAAUGGAUUGGUAGCAUUUAGCAAAGCUGCAAAUUCGCUUGAGAGCUUACAGUUGGAGGAGUGUAACAGCAUCACCCAGUUUGGGAUUAUUGGUGCCCUUUCAAACUUCAAAACAACAUUGAAAUCUCUCAACCUUCUCAAGUGUAAGGGAGUUAAAGAUAUUGAUGUGGAUGUAUCUAUGCUUUCUCCUUGCGAGUCUCUCCGACAUUUAUCCAUUCGUAACUGCCCUGGUGUUGGAAAUCCUAGCCUGGCUAUGGUUGGGAAAUUGUGUCCCCAACUUCAGCAUGUUGAUCUGACUGGACUUUAUGGUGUCACAGACGCUGGCCUUCUUCCUCUUCUGCAGAAUUCUGAGACUGGGUUGGUCAAGGUGAACCUUUCUGGCUGCUGGAAUUUCUCAGACAACACCGUUUCAGAAUUGGCCAGGCUACAUGGUGGAACCCUUGAAUUGCUAAACCUUGAUGGAUGCAGGAAGAUUACCGAUGCAAGCUUGGUUGCAAUUGCACAUAACUGCCUUCUGCUUAAUGAUCUAGACGUAUCAAAGUGUGCAAUCACUGAUGCCGGAAUAGCUGUUCUUUCUAAUGCUAGGCAGCUUACUUUGCAAGUGCUUUCUUUGUCAAACUGCUCUGGUGUAACAAGCAAGAGUGAACCUUCCCUAACAAAUUUGGGCCAAACAUUGGUUGGGUUGAAUCUUCAAAAUUGUAAUUCAAUUGGCUGCAACACAGUUGAGUUGCUAGUGGAGAACCUGUGGAGAUGCGGUGACAUUCUGCAUGCGUUUUAUGCAGAUGUACCUACCUAUCAAGGGUGGAUUGGAUGGCAGUUUGUUGACAUAGUUGUUUUCCGGGGAACUUUGGUAGAUCCUUUCUUCAGCAUUUUUUUUAUAAACAAAUGCUUGUUCAACCCUUUUGGCCUUGCUACUACAAGAGGCCACUCCCUUUAUGCUAUGAUGCCCUGGGAAUACGUUUACUAUGUCCUCGCUGGUUGA